CUUAAAUAUUACUUUAUUUUAUUAAUAAUUAACCGACAAAUUAGUAAAUACAUCCUAUUAAUUUUUAAUAGCUAUAAAUUGCAUUUAAUAUCUAAAUUUAAUAAUUUAUAUUAUAUUAAUUAUAUUAUUUCUAUCUAUAUACCUCCUAGUUUAUUACAUUUCUGCCAGCCGUUAGAUAUCUUUUAUUUUAUAUUUCUUAAAAAAAUAUAUUACAGUUUGAUAGAACGCCUUGCACGUGCCCGAUAUUUAAAGAUUAAUAAAAACAAUUUUUUAAAGAAGUAUCCAAAAGCUUAUAUUAUAGUAUUUAAAAAAGCUAAUAUACAGAAUGCCUUUAAAAUUUCAGGCUUAGUUCUGUACGAUUUAAGCUAG